AUGCCGGGAGUUGGAGGCGACCACCGGCGCGGAGCCCGAGAGCCGCCGCCUGCGGACGCGCUUCGGGGGCGAGGUCCUCGCUGCGCUGGAAGCUGGGAAAGCGAGUUUGGCGCCGCUGCAGCCCUUCGGGCAGGAAGGGGGACAGCCCGGGCCACAGACCUGCGGUGGCUGAACGAGGCUGCCCCCGACGCUCCCCGUUCCUCUCGUCAGGAGCGCACUCCCGUGCGUAAAGGCCGUAACCGCCUCAGGCUCGCCCCGGGAGCUGAGGCGGCCGCCGGGGAACGGCGGCGGGCAGGGCGCGCGCCUCGCCGCAGCGCGUGUGGACCGGCGGAUGGCUUCCUGUCAAAACCGAUCUUCCGUGGUGUCCGAGCCUCACAACUUUGCGACUCAUUUUUGAGGUGUGGAAAACGGCGUCUGAUGCGGAGGCCGGGAGUUCUGCGUCGUUUGCCAAGGACCCCCAGCCCAGGUGUGGUUUGUCCCUGUCAGCGGUGGAUUCCUCAGUUGUCAUGCAGUGCUCUGCUCUCCUAUCCACCAGAAGAGCCAUGGUCAGAGACCGCAGUAAGCGUGACAUCGCAGCCGGUGGUUAAAGAGCCAAGAUUGCCCGGGUUUGGAUUUCAGCGACACUAUGUGCUAGCUGCCUGUCACUCGGCAAGCUCCUCAGCCACUUUAGGUCUCCGUUUCCUCACCUUCAAUUAGGGAUCAUUAUUGCCUACUUCAUAGAGGAUUGUUAAAGAAGAGCUCAACAAGGUAAUCCACUUAAAGGUUGUGUCACACUACGAGGCACAAGCAAAUGCUCAGUAAAUGUCAGCUAAAAUUACUAUUAGUCUUGGUAUUACAGGGCAACCAAAAGAAAAAUUCUAUUCUAUUUCUGUAUUUCUCCUCUUUGGUGAGGUUUUCAGGGGCCAACUGUGGCAAAAGCCAGUACAUAUGAUGCAAAAGAAGAUUGAGGAUCUAGUCUUAGGAAUAUAGAUGUUCACUUUUAUAUUAGAAAAAAAUUACAUGGCUCCAUAUCACAAAAUUUAACAUCUUUCCAUUAAACAUCACACAAUUCUCAUCAUCAUUAUGCCCUACAAACACCCUAAAUGGUGUGGAGUUUCUAAUGAUAUUCAACAACAACAGAGUCCAUAAAUUUUAACUAAGAAACGGCUUCGGAAAUGCACAUUGGGCAAUAAUCUGUGUGUGCCACAAGAGCACAGCCCACAGAUGGCUGGGGUUCUGCUUCUUUGGCCAGGGCUCCCCCAUACACAGUCAGGUGGGUCAGGUUCCUGCAGACCUUCAAAUCUCCAGGGGCGAGCGACUCCCCUCAGGAGGGAAGCUUCCAAGAGGUGAAGGAAGCAGCAACCACUGAGGAUGGAAUGCCCGGCACCUACUUCAGUAUGAUAUGAUAGCUAUCAUUGGUUUCUGCUGUAAAAAAAAAAAAAAAAAAAAAAAAAAAAAGAAUAAUCUUUAGUCACUUCUAAAACACAGCAGGAGGAAAAAAAUAUGGUAAGGAUCUUUUGAGAAGGGAGGAAAGGAAAAAACAGCAGGACAAAGGGCAACAUACUUAAUUAGCAUAAAAUGCUUACAGUAAAUACGCAUUAUAAAAACAAUGUGCUUUAGUUCCUCAUUUGUCCACAGAAAAUGGGAGGGAAUGGGAGAAUCAUCAGUUACACUUUGUCUACCCUGAUAAUGGCAAGAAGCCAAUUCAUACAAAGGAAUAAUCUCCAAAGCUGCCACUUUCCCCACUUCAAGUAUGGUGUUAAUACUUUCCUUUUCUCCUCAAAGAAGUAAAACCAUGAAAAAAAAAUCUCAAAUUCCAUAGAGAGAGGCAUCUGUCUUACUAUUUUAUUACCUUUCAUUGUGUCCAGAAUAAAACAGGCUUCUUCCUGAAAGUUCUGUAUCAUCUGAGAAAAGCAAGAAAAGUUGCUAAUUAUUAAAAACUUGGGUUUGCUGCAUUUAUUCAGACUAUAUGGCUUUUCAUUAUAUUGGAUUUAAGGGAAAAAUAAUCCUUUGUUUUGUGUUCUCCCAUUCAGCUUUUAAGUUUUAAAAGCUUAACAGUCUAGGGGUGCCUGGCUGGCUCAGUUGGUAAAGCACACAACUCUUACUCUCAGGGUUAUGAGUUCAAGUCCUAAGUUGGGCAUUGGAGCCUACUUGAAAAAACAUUUUAAAAUAAAAAAAUAAAAAUAAAAGCUAAGCAAUCUAAAACAACUGAUCUUAAAAUAAUAGUAUGCAUUUUCCUGGGUUAACCUCAAGUUCCAAGGGUACUUGGACACUGAUGGGCUCAUUCAGGAAAAUCCAGGUAUGUAUCUUCCAUAUAUACUCUUACCCCAAACCAUGCGAGCGCCUCUUUGAUUUCCCCUACCCACUUUGCCUUCUAAACUCCCUUCUCUCAUUUUAUAAAAUAAAGGCAUAAGUUUCACCCUCCUGGAAUCCUACCAAGCUGCCCUGCCCCAGGGUAUAAAAGUCCCCAGGAUGCCAAAGUGUGACUGUUAAUGUGAACUUUAAUGACUGGGUAACAAAGUCUUAUGUGAGUCACAUGGUUUCUAAUUCUUUCCUUACACCAGAACCGAAGACUGACCUAAUCACUGUCAAAUGAUAGGUGAAUCAAAAUAAUUCUUUGUAACAUCACUAUAUAAUUUCUGGCACCUAACGCCAAAAAAAAAAACAAAACAAAAAACAAAAAACAAAUCCAGUGAUGCUGUUAUAAAAAACUCCA